AUGACAAAAGAAGAAGUAAGAAUAGAACAGUCUAUAGGAGACGACUUAGGUGAUGGUUUAGACUACGACGUGGAAUUUUCCGAGCCAGAAUCAGGAGCUAGAAAUGAGAUCUCUGGCGAUGAGUACGUUAAUGUAAAUGAAGAUGACUUUCAAGAAGACAUUAAAACGGCCAAGGCUAAAACGGAAACCAACGAAGGCAAAAAGAGGAAAGCUAAAAGCACCAAACUUCAAGAAAAAAAGAGAUUAAAGAUGGAAAUGGAUACGGACCAAAAGAAAAACCUUUCUAAAGAAAGCUCUACUGAAACCAUCGUAGACUACAUAAACACCAAGAUCAGACAAAAGAACUCUGACUUAUCAGCAUUGGAGCUUGGAGAGCUCUACUUUAACAAGUCAGAUAUCAGAUCAACCUCUGACUUCAAUGUUGAAACACGUAACUUGGAUAACUUGUCAAAAUUUAUCGUAGCCAGAUUUAAGAACAUGUUACCUUCUACCGGAUCUAAGAAGGAAAAGAAAAACAAAAAAUCAAGCAGUCAAAAGAAGUCAAAAGAAUACACUGAUCCGAAUGAAGAGAGAAAAUUUAUUGCAAUUAUCUCGAUGUCUGCCAUUAGAGCCUGCGAUAUUCAUCGUGCUACAAAAGAAUUGGCUGGAUCUUCAUUAAAAGUCAUCAAUAAGAACAAGAUUGAAGUGGAUUUGAAACUUCUAAAGACAACUACAUCUCGCGUGCUUUGUUGUACUCCGGGUAGAUUAAUCAAAGUUUUGGACAACGAGGACCAAGUAUUAAAGAAAGAGGAAAUCAAAAUUGUCGUAGUUGACAACUCUUACUUGGACUCUAAACAACAAAACAUUUGGGAUAUAAAGGAAACUACAGAUGCCUUAAAAUCAUUAACCAAGAAUGGAUCUAAAGUCUAUUUGUAUUAG